GAGAGAGAGAGAGAGGAAGGAGAACCAGACCGCUGGACUCUGGAACACGGGUCAGUCGGCUGGGAGCUGGGUGAACAGCUUGUUUCGUGGACGACUGUCAAACAUCACGUAUGUCGUCGUCUCUUUGGAGGCUGACGGGCUCCCAGCAGGUGUGCAGAUGCAACGAAAGAGCGACGACAAUUCAUUAACGCGUCGUCGUGAAGGUGGGGACGAGCAAGCGAAGUGGGGAAGAUAGAGAACGAUCACUCGUAUCCAAGAUUGUCAAAAGGAAAAACCUGAAGAGAUGUUGGGAACAAAGAAAAUUGGAGCGCAGGACAGUGCGCCGAAGAGGAUAGACAUUGACAAGCCCUACUGGGAUCAAAGUACUUAUCGAGGAAGGGCGCUGCAUUUUUUGACGGUGACAAACCCACUCAAUGUCUUCGCCACGAGCCAGCAGCUCGAGCACGCGCGUGAUGUCGUCACGAAAUACAAACAGAGUGGAAGCCUAGAAAAACAAGGAAUUACCGAAGACGAGUUAUGGAGAUGCAAAUAUCUUUACGACAGUGCUUAUCAUCCAGACACCGGCGAGAAGAUGUUGUUAAUAGGACGUAUGAGUGCUCAAGUUCCCAUGAACAUGAUGAUAACCGGCUGUAUGAUGACAUUUUACAAGUCAACGCCGGCUGUAAUUUUCUGGCAAUGGGUCAAUCAGUCGUUCAACGCCAUAGUGAAUUACACGAAUCGCAGCGGUUCGAGUCCAAUUCCAACGGAAACGCUAGCGCGAAGUUACGUCGGCGCCACGGGAGGCGCGGUGAUAACAGCUCUGACUCUGAACCGUCUCGCUCAACGUGCGCCGCCGCUGGCAGGCCGAUUAGUGCCACUAGCAGCGGUCGCGGCAGCUAAUUGCGUCAACAUCCCUCUCAUGAGAGUCACUGAACUCCAAAAUGGUAUUGAAUUACAAACCGAGGACGGCACAAAAGUCGGCCGCAGUAAACGAGCGGCUAAACAGGCGAUUGCGAUUGUGACGUUUUCACGAAUACUCAUGGCCUCACCGAGCAUGAUAUUGGCGCCGAUAGUAAUGAAUUAUCUAGAUCGAAGGCAGCUAUUACGUAAUGCAAAAUGGGCUGCUGGACCGAUUCAAGUUCUCAUUUGCGGAGUGUGUCUCACUUUCGCGACGCCGCUCUGCUGCGCUCUUUUCGCACAGCGGGUUCCUAUUUCGAUAAAUCAACUGGAACCCGACGUACAAGAGCAAAUACGAUCGUACGAUACUAGUCUGGAGACUGUAUACUACAACAAGGGCCUUUAAACGAUAGAAUGCUUGUGAAAUACUUAAAUAUUUUUACCGAUCCAAGAACAUGGCCUAUUCUUGAAACUCAGGUAUACGACAUUCCCGAGCAAAACAUUCGAAAGCACAAAUAGCCAUUAUUAUCGCGGAUGUCCUACGGUUGCGUAAUUAACCAAUUAAUUCUUGUUAGUACUUAUAUUACUAUAAAUAAUCGACGUUCACGAUGAUGAAAUAGAAAUUUACAAAAACUCAUCGUUUCAGGGUGUCUAUCUGAAUCUUGAAAAAGAUUUACUAAAGAUUUCCAAGUUUCCUAGUAUUUUGUUUCAAUAUAAAUUAUAAAAAGAUUAAAAUUUACUCAAAAAAAUCUUUAAUUCUCGUAAAAUACUAAUGUUUUUAAGCGAAAAGAAUUCUUGAGUAUUUUAAAUUUUCUAGAUUCUUUCAGGUAGUAGACACCUUGCUUACGAUCCGAAAAACCAAGUCCUUUACUUAGCUAUGUACGUCCAAAAAAACGCAUACAUAUCUCUUCUUUUACGGCUUGUACGUAUAACAAAUAUUUUAAAACUUAAGAAAUCUCUAAUUGUCUCUUUCUUGUUAAAUGAAACGAAUGAAUGUGAAACGAAGACAAUAAAAUUCCAAACUGAGUGUUUCGAGAC